AUGGGAGGCAGUAAUUUCCAUAUUACAGUGAUUUUUCCUCGAUGUCUCGUGUCUUUUCUUUACUGCUGGACGGCAUAUGUGACGCUAUCAAGGGCCAAACAAAUUCCUCAAUUGUUUGCCAGAGUGCUAAUAUUUGGGUAUCUACUUUUGGGACUAUACACAUAUUUCAAGCUGAUAUGGACUAGUCCUGGAAGUCCGCUUGACUUUCCAGAGCUUAGAGUCAAUGAUAUUUACGCCGCAGAAAUGGGGGGUGAGCUACCACCAGAAUUUUUGGCCAAGCGAUCCAUUACUUCCAAAAAUAAUGGCAGAUUCAGACUGUGUAGAACAUGCAGUGUUUGGAAACCAGAUAGGUGUCAUCAUUGCUCGAGUUGCAACCGCUGUAUUUUGAAAAUGGAUCACCACUGUCCUUGGAUUCCGGGAUGUAUCGGAUUUGGAAAUCAGAAAUAUUUCAUUCAGUUUUUGAUAUACUCAACCCUCUAUGCUACCGCGAUACUUGUAAUAUCUAGUGCACAGUUUUAUAUGUGGUUCCAUGACGGAGUUUUCGAACGAGAAUUGAUUGAUAUGCUAUUACUUUCAGUCUGGCUAUUGGCAUUUGCUAUUUCGAUCGCAAUGAUGUGCUUUAGCGUAUUUAGUAUUUUACAGGUCAAUAGAAAUCAGACCACAAUAGAAAUGUACGGUUAUCAGCGGUAUAGGGAAGAGCUGGCGGUACUGGGCAAUGCUCACUUGGAUCAAGAUGAUACAAAUGCGUUUGAUCUCGGUUCUCGAUUGGAAAAUUGGACCAGCGUUAUGGGUUCAAAGUGGGUAGAAUGGCUUCUUCCUAUCCAAAGAUUAGAGAUAGCGAGAAAUCGACACUCUUGGAAUGAAAAAGGACUUUUUUUCGAGCUCGGACCUGGUAUAAAUGAUGGGAUCCUCGAAACUUUGGAUUUACAAAAUAGGCUUCUGAGAAGAGUAACUCCGAGGUCAUCAAUUGAUAACAAUAAAUAG